CAGAGAGGCACUCACAUCCUGCACCGUUACAAGAUCCACUCAGUUUCCACAUUAAAUAUCAGUGCUGAGCACUCAGGCUCUGAGGUGCAGACAAACUCGGUCUAACAGCCAAACACAAAGCUUUUAAGACGGACAUUUUGAUUGAGGGAAGAGCAGAGGCUAAAUAUAUAGGUGAAGAUGGUGAUGCACACUGACAAACAGAGUACCUGCCACUCCACUGACAAUAAGGCCGACUACUGUAUCCACAACAAAGCAUGGAUGAAAAUAUCGGGCCCUGCAGCUGAGCCGCUUCGGGACGUUUUCUUUGGAUCGAGUGUCGUGGUUCAACCAGAACUAAAGGCUGCAGGAAGACAAGAAAAAGAAGUCAAAGCACUCCAGAAAGAUAUGUCUGACAGGCGACAGACUUUGGAAGAACACUCUGUACAUGUCGGUGUUUAUAAUCCAACGGGUUCAACGCCACAAGAACAACAAGCAGAGGGAGUGAAACCAAAGAGAGCAUCAAAGGUCAUCAUCAAAGGAACAGAUGGAGUUCAGAAGUGCAUCAAAGUGCUGAGAGCUUAUAGGAUCGUCCUGUUGGGAGAAACCGGGGCUGGGAAAAGCACCCUCGGAAACUCCAUCUUAGCAGAGGAAGUGUUCAAACCUGGCAGGACGACUGACUAUCAAAUUCAGUCCAAAUCUGCCCACGAAAGAAGAAUCACUGUGUUGGACUCUCCUGGUUUCUCUCAUUUUGACCAACCUGAGGCGGAGCUGAAGGAUGAGAUGGCGAGGUGUACCGCAAGGUGCACUCCCGGUCCCCAUGUUCUUCUGAUUGUGCUGAAUGUAGAGGAAUCCUCAAAGCAACAGUCGACUGCAAUCGACAAAAUCUGCCAGUGUCUUCCAGAGGAAGCAUUCAAAUAUGCCGCAGUUGUUUUUACUCAUUGCCCAAAUGGGAUGACAAUUGAAAAGUAUAUCAAUGAGAAUCAACAUCUUAAGGAUUUGGUAACGAAGUGUGGUGGCCGAUAUCAUGUAGUUGAUCGUAAGUACAGCCCGAGGGGUGACGAAAAUGACUCCCAGGUGUCACAGCUGAUGAGCAUGAUAGAUAAGAUAGUGAUAGAGAACAAAGGAGGGUGUUUCACUAACGAAAUCCUCCAGGCAGAUCAGAGAGACAAAAAUAACACAAAAUCAAGUAACCCACAACAAUCAAACGACAACAGAGGUAAUGCCAACAACAACUUAUGGAUUAGCUUCUCAGGUCCUCAGGGGAACUUGGUGGCAGAAGCUUUAUUUGGGUCAGAUGUUGCAGUUUGGCAAACAACACAAACAUCCACCAAGACUGGAGAAUGCCCUACUAGUAAACAGGGAGAAAAUAAAAUACCAUGUUCUGAACCAAAAGGGAGAGAUGAAGAAAAGUGCAAGAGUGCACCUCAAAAAAACUCCACUUCAAUGGAGGAGGAAGAGGUAGUUGAGCAAGGAAGAGAAGCGGAUGCAGAGGUUGAUGCAGAAACAAACGAGGCAUCAAAUAUGUUGGACAGGAGGACGGAAUCAGCAGAGGCAGGAGCUACAGGUUUAACUGGGCCGACAACGGGAGGUUUAGGGAAAUUUAUUGCUGGUUUAUUUGGGGUAGUAAUGGGAGGUUUAGGGACAUUUGUAUCAAGUUUACUUGGGGUACUAAUGGGAGGUUUAGGGACAGUUGGAACAGGUCUUACUGGGAUGACAGUGGGAAGUUCAGGGGCAGUUGGGACAGGUCUUACUGGGAUGACAGUGGGAAGUUCAGGGGCAGUUGGGACAGGUCUUACUGGGAUGACAGUGGGAGGUUUUGGGGCAGUUAGAACAGGUUUAACUUGGGUGGCAAAAAUAGCUGCAGGUAUAAUAUCUUUGGCAGCAGCAGUAGGGGUAGUCGCAUGGGUCAAGAAAAUGUAUGACAAGAUCAUGCACCUUUGUCAGAUGAUCAAGCAGAACAUUGGAAUCGUCCUUCUGGUUGUCGCUUUUUACUUCCUGCUGUUUCUGUCGUUUUGUGACAGAGUACCAAUGGCUGGAACCAUUUUUCUAUCAAGUGGAAUAUUGGUGAUGUUUCUGGUCAUACUGUUGUUAUUCACUGUCAUUAUGAAACAAUAACAGUUUGUGACUCUGCACCCAGUUUAAUGUAUUUUGGGAAUUGGAUUCAAAAUCUAAAGACGUGGAGACGUAACUAUUGGAUUUUAAUAUGUGUAAUCGUCUUCAGUGAAUGUGAAGAUUUUAAAAAAAUGAUUUUUACCUGAACACACAAUCAAUGCAGCAUCUGUGUGUUCUCUUCAUUGAAGGUGAUUAAUGGGUUAAGAAGGAGCAAUUAGUAAUCAGGUUUAGAGCUGGAUCGCUUGACAAUGUGUUAAUGCCUUAAAUAUUUAAUGUGUAAUUAAAAAGUAAAGGUGACAAAAUUUAUGAAAUAGAUCACACUAAGUAAAUAUUUGUUUUAUUUAACAUAUUUUAUGUAAGAAAUUAACAUGUAAUGAAAUAGAUCCUGUCCUAGAAUUUCAUGUAAUUGACCAUUACAGGUCACAAAUGUGAUGAUCAUCUAGCCACGGUAACACAUUUUAUGAAAAUUUUUUUAAAUAUAAUUUUGGUUAAAAAAAAUUAAAAAGGGGGUCAACAUAGAAUAAAAAUAUGCCUCAUUUAUAUAGUUCAGUAGAAUAAUUUCACACUGAUUUUGAGAUAAUGGGGAACAAAAUUUGGAAGCUAAGAAAACAUUUAAUAUUAAAAUUAUUUAAAAUAUUGAAUAUGACUUAAAAUGCAAUAGCAUGAAUUACUACUUUUUUGUAUCAGUUGGUCACAAGGCAUUUAUUUACGGGAGUGUUUGGUUCGGAAAUUGACGGUCCCUUUGUGAACCUCGGAGCGCUAGAGAACAGAUGACCGAAAUUAGUGUUCACAUAUCGGAUCGACCUUGAGCUAAACGCCCCUUACUCAGUAAGGGGGGUUACUCCGCGGAGCGCGGGAUAUCCAGUAUCCAACUUGAAAAUAACCCCGGUGCAGGCGGUAACACAAUGAAAACACCUGAAAAGGUUUGUUUUGGUCUGUGGGCUGCAAAGAUGUCGCCGAGAACGUAAACGUCAUACGCUGUGACGUCAGCUCCAAAGCUCUAUUCUUGGGAGGUUUACUGGGGAAACGAUUAGGGGUCUUACUCCUGGCGCCCACCGGAAGUAGCAUUUCAUUGUAAUUUAUUGGUUGUUUUUUUUUUUGCUAGUCUAUAUUCAUGAUAGAAGUUACAUCUCUCUUUUUAGUUAUAAUACAAUAUUUAGUAAAACUUGUUUAUCGCGCCCAUAAAUCACGCAAAGCCUCAUGGGGGACGCAAUUUAUUCCGUAUUACUAUAAAUGUCUGACAGACACACCACACAUCUCUACAAUAAGUGUGAUAAUAAUGACCAAAACAACACACAGGAAUUGUUAAGGUCAGUUAAAUUGUCAUUGCGGGACCUAAAUAGACACCAGCUAACAGAAAUGGCUCUGUGGCUCAACUAUAUUAAAUGAUGAAAUAUUGCCCUGUUUUUUGUUUCGUUCUUUUUUAAUUGUCUCCCAUUAGUACCCCAAGUAAAUUUAUUCACAUACAUUUAUUAUUAUUGAUACUUUUAUUAAAGAUCAGUUGUACAAGUUUAUGUCAUUGGGGAAGGGGGCGAAGACAUGUUAGCAUACACCUCAGAAAGCCCCUGUUCUUCAAUAUUUAUGUUGUGUUUUAAAUUAGAAUGUUGUAAUAAAGAAUUGUGUUGAUA